AUGAUGAUGAACAAGUCCAAGACCGACUGGGCCAAAGACACGCCCUGCAAAAACAUCACGAUAUAUGGGUACUGCAAGUACGAAAACGAUGGCUGCAUCUUCAACCACGGGAAGCCGUUGUCGACGUCGUCGAACACCGGGGGCGCGGCGGCGGGGUCUGCGGAGGACUCCGCGGCGUCCGGGGGCGUGACGGUAGGCAACACGGGCAAGUCGACGUUCAAUGCCAAGACGGCGACGAGCUUCACGCCGUCGGUGGCCAUCCCCGACUUCAACAACAUCCCGAGCUUCACGCCGGAGCGCAUAGUGUCGUCACCGGCGGGAGACGGGGCGACGGCGUUCACACCGAGCUUCAACCCCUACGGGUCGGACAGCUUCAAUCCGUCGGCGAAUGUGUCGGGGCCGGGGUCUGCGGUGUUCGCCGCGGCGUCCGGCAACGCGGGCGCGUCGGCGACAGCGGCGCCGCGGUCGCAGUCGGUGCACGUCGGGACGGGCGGCUACCUGCCGCUGGCUGGCACGGCGUUCCCCACGGUGUACCCGCCUUCGCACUCGAUCCUGCAGUACCACCUGUACGCGCCGGACCCGCCGCCGCACCUGCAGGUGCCGUUGAAGGCGAACGAGCGGACGCCUGAAACGCUGUUCAUCCCGAACAACCUGCGGGAGCACCUGCUGAAGCGGAACCUGUCUGCGCUGCAGGUGUUUCCGUCGGACGGGAACCUGCCCGACAUCGUGGGCGACUACUUCGGGCUGGUGCCGCUGGAGUUCCACAACCGGCAGACCGGGAAGGGCCGCUACCUGGGGCACCAAAACUCUCUGUACAAGGUGUUCUCUAACUUCGACGGGAAGGUGUACAUCAUCCGGCGCAUCCACGAUGUGAAGACGACCGACGUUGGGCAGAUUUCGCUGCCGUUCCGCAAGUGGCAGAAGGUGAGCUGUCCCAACGUCGUGAAGGUGAAGGACGCCUUCACCACGCUCGCGUUCGGCGACUCGUCGCUCUGCGUGGUGCACGACUACUACCCCCAGUCGAACUCUCUGUACGAGACACACGUUGCCAAUUAUACUGUCGUGCCGGUUACCCAGAAGUACUUGUGGAGCUAUCUCGUGCAGCUCUCGAACGCGCUUAACGAGGUCCACCGCCACGGCUUGUCGAUGAACAACAUAAGCCUGGACAAGGUCAUAGUCACCGGCGACCCCGGGCGCAUCAAGGUCGGGGACUCCGCCGUGCACGACAUCCUGGCGUUCGACGAGGGCCGGGACAUCGCCAAGGAACAGCAGGCCGACUACAGCGCUGUCGGCGCGCUGCUCAUGGACCUAGCCCAGCGCAUGCUGGGCACGAGGGACCAGCCGCUGGAUAGCAUGGACAUCGACCCGCUGUUCAAGCGGGUGCUGGCGUACCUUUUGUCGGACGAGAAGAAGACGAUUGCGGAGUUCACCGCCCUGUUCAGCCACAAGAUGCUAGACAUAAUCAGUUCGUCGCAGACCUACUCGGAGUACAUCGAGCAGCACUUGUCGCGGGAGUUAGAGAAUGGCAGGCUCUUCAGGCUCAUGUGCAAGCUAAAUUUCAUCUUUGGUAGGAUGGAAUCCAGCAUGGACAUCCACUGGUCUGAGGCGGGGGACAAGUUCCCCAUCAUUCUGUUCUACGAUUACGUGUUCCACCAGGUGGACGAGAACGGCAAAUCCGUGAUGGACCUCACCCACGUACUCCGGUGCCUGAACAAACUCGACACCGGCGUAUCUGAAAAGAUAAUCUUGGUGACACCGGACGAGAUGAACUGCAUUAUCAUUAGCUACAAGGAGCUGAAGGAUUCUAUCGACUCGACAUUUAGAUCAAUGACACAAUAG